CUCGCUCAUCACUCACUUCCUCUAUCCUCCUCUACUCUAAUCUUGCAGUCACUGUACUGUUCCAAUCAACAAGCCUGCGUAACCGCGUUACCAGUAACUCAUCAUGCCUGUCAUCUCACGUCUCAUUUCCAUCGUCUUCCGUGUGGUGGAAGUCAUUUGCGCUGCAGUGGUUGCCGGUAUCAUUGGACACUACCUGCACCAAUAUGAUGGCGAUGCUUGGCCGGUCGCCAGAUGGAUCUAUACCGAAGUCAUAGCCGGCUUGUCGAUACUGCUGGGCCUGAUAUGGCUGAUCCCGUUCUCAUCGGGCUUCUUCUCGUGGCCGUUCGAUGUCAUCAUCUCCUUUGCUUGGUUCGCUGCGUUCGGAAUAUUGGUCGAUGCGAUCCACAAGCUGAACUGUGGAUCUAUCUGGUACUGGGGCGGCAUCAUCCACAACAACUCGUGUGGCCGAUGGAAGGCGGCCGAAGCGUUUAGUUUCAUAUCCGCCAUCGUCUGGCUGGCCUCGGCGCUUCUGGGCAUCUGGUUUACCUUCCGUGUCCGCGACUCGUCUGCUCCCCGACACAGCCGUCGCCGCUUUGGCCGCUCUGCUGUCUAGAUGGACAGUUAGUUGACCGCGCUGUUCAUCUGUGCGACCAGACGGACUAAUCCUCCGAUGCUUGUCGUGCACCAAUCAUGCGAGAUGUCGUCGUUCGAUGUUCACCCAUUACGAUGUGACAUGCAUUGUCACGACGCGACUUAAUGAGAUCUCUUCUAAUUAAUAUUCUGAUACCCGGUUGGCGUGCUAAUGCUUGAUGAAGGGAUGCUGAUGGCUUUCGUUGUUUGCUUUGUGAUUUGCUAUGAUAUUGAUCUAAUAUGAUGCUAUUUCUCAAUUGAAGGAAUGUCUAUGCUGUGGGGAUGGAUUCCACCCAAAGAGGUGUUUCACAUUUUGAUCCUGAUUACCUUGUUCACACUAAUAGAAUCCAAGUACCAGGAGGUUUGGGGUCCGAGGUUCAGUGUCAGCAGAAUU